GACCCCUACUAUGGCUGGUGGCCUAUUUUCUAUUGACAGAAACUACUUUGAAGAGAUAGGAACUUACGAUGCAGGAAUGGAUAUCUGGGGUGGCGAGAAUCUUGAAAUGUCUUUUAGGAUUUGGCAGUGCGGCGGCUCCCUGGAGAUCGUCACCUGCUCGCACGUUGGCCACGUCUUCCGAAAGGCCACACCUUACACCUUCCCGGGUGGCACGGGGCACGUCAUCAACAAGAACAACCGGAGACUGGCAGAGGUCUGGAUGGAUGAGUUUAAGGACUUCUUCUAUAUAAUAUCUCCAGGUGUUGUUAAGGUGGAUUAUGGCGAUGUAUCCGUCAGAAAAGCACUGAGAGAGAACCUGAAGUGUAAACCCUUCUCGUGGUACUUGGAAAACAUCUAUCCCGACUCCCAGAUUCCACGGCGCUACUACUCCCUCGGUGAGAUCAGGAACGUUGAAACCAACCAGUGCUUAGACAACAUGGGCCGCAAGGAAAAUGAGAAAGUGGGCAUUUUCAACUGCCACGGCAUGGGAGGAAAUCAG